AUGAUAAGAAACUCCAAAGAUUCCAUGAAGUCUACCUGGCGAACCGGGGAUCGCAAAAGUUGGUCCUGGGCACACUGGGGAUUCGAACUCGUCAACGCACACCCAAAAGACCCCAACAAAAGUAUCCCGGUGUUCAAGAAGAGCACAAACAUACCUCAUCUAUCACAACGAUCCUCGCAGAUAUUUAUUUGGGUAUAUGCUGCUCUCCCCAUGAUUCUGCAUGAGCUUUACACGAAGGCUACGGGCUGGACUCUUCAUCCACUGGCCGCGUUCUUCCUGUACACAGCCGGCAUGCACACUAUGCUCCUAGCGCUUGUACACAGCCUUCGUCGUUUAGUCCACAGCUACGGAUUUUUCGAUAGCGAAGUUGUUCCCGAGCGAGCUGAUAUCCCAGAUGUUGGUGUAGCGAAAGUUGCACUGUCGGCGUUCAAAACUCUGGAUUUUCGACUUGCCAUCGCAGUCCUCUUAACUUACAACGUUGCUGACGAUCCCAUCAUUCUAUUGACGGAUACAAAUCGAUUUCUAAUGGCGCUUGUCAAGCUUGGAACAUAUUCUAUUAUGCUUGACAUGUGGUAUUAUACGUACCACAGGUCGAUGCAUGAUAUCUCGUGGCUGUGGAAGUAUCAUCGUACACACCAUCUCGCGAAGCACCCCACCAUGCUCAUGACAGGCUAUGCCGACCUGGAACAAGAAAUAUUCGACAUAUUUAUUGUUCCUUUGCUUACAUUUGCCACACUGUACUUUAUGGGCCUUCCACUGUCUUUCUGUGAAUGGUACACGUGUAACAUGUAUAUCCUCUACGGGGAGAUCUGGGGCCACUCUGGCAUCCGACUACACGCUUGUGCACCAAACCCAUUUCAUGUGAUUCUCGAAGCCAUGGGUGCAGAUCUCCCGCAUGAGGAUCAUGACCUUCACCAUCGUAAGGGGUAUAGGUCUAGUGGCAAUUAUGGCAAACAAACACGAGUUUGGGACAGACUGUUUGGCACAUCUUGGGAGCGCAUCGAAACACACAGGUCAAACGUGGAUUACGCAAACAUGGUAAUUAUGCCUUUAUAUUAGAAAACACAUGAAGAUUUUCCUGCACGACAUGUCCUACGUUGGUACAUUGGUAUCUGUUGUCCUGGUUCCGCCAGCUUUCAAGUUCUAGUCGCAUAAGUCUAUGUUGUUAACCAGAUAUAUC